GCAAAUAGUUGUCGUCUUACCACUUGUCGGCGCGUAUUUACCUGGUUUGCAAAUGGCAUAUUGACCUGAUUCGCAGUCCAUACACAGGGAUUUAGGUGAAGUUUGGUUAUAAUGACUCUCAAACAAUGAUAUAUGUUUAUAGUGACACCUGAAAUUAGUUGAUUUGUGAAUACUAAGGAAGUUUUAUUUGCUGAAUAGGACUCUAAUGUGAAUGUUUUAGUCUGGACAAUUUCAGUGUUAAUGAGGUGGAUAUUGAAGGACUGAUACUGUAGAAGGAGCGAUCAGGAGAGAAAAUUAAUACUACUAUACUUCAUCAUUAUUAAUUAUACCUACUAUUGCCACUACCAAGGAUUUUAAAUGUUGCCGAUAGGACUUGUUCGGAUGGUCCUUACGGGAGAUUUUUACCAUUUCCCGAAAGUUUUACCACAAUGACGGAUAAGCAUUCUCCACAUAAGAAGGAAAGAAAUUCUUCUAUCAAAACGCCUCCCUCCAACAAAGCUAACGACAGGGCCUUGAAGAGGAAGUUGUUUCCUGUUGGAAAUUCAGAACAAGAUAAGAACAAUAGCAAGCCAACACCACAAAAACGAAGGAGGCCUGUGUCUCAGCCCGGCAGUCCCACCGUCUUGGGUACACCGGGUAGGCCCGUGCCCCUGUCGGAGAGACAACAGUUAGCCCUUGUACUGGCAAUGACAAAGGAAGACAAUGCUGUUGAUUCAACGUCGAAACAUAUCACACCAGUAGGAGUACAAGCGCAGUCAAAGACCCAAGUAACUUCAAACACUAGUGUGGGCGCCAAGAAAGCUAAUAAGAGGAACGAGAGGGGCGAAACCCCCCUACAUUUGGCAGCCAUUAGAGGCGAUGCUGAGAUGACCAAGAGCCUAAUCAAGCAAGGAGCAGAGGUCAACGUGCAGGAUUUUGCAGCUUGGACACCAUUGCAUGAAGCCUGUAAUCACGGAUCCUAUGAAGUGGCUAAAGUGUUGUUGAAAGCCGGUGCCUACGUCAACACGCAGGGACUCGAAGAUGAUACUCCACUCCACGAUGCAGCUAUCAAUGGCCACGUUAAGCUUGUUGAACUGUUGCUGAGGCAUGGCGCCGACCCAUUACAGCGUAACAGGCGUGGAUCUUCACCCCUAGAUAUCGCGAACAUCCCAGAGAUUAUCGCCUUGUUGAAAAACGAAAUUAUCGAGUCUGGAAGUGAUAUUUCCACGCCAGAGGUUCGCUCACCGACAUCGCCCGAGAGUCUAGCAUCGAACGAUGAACACCCACAGGUGAAGGGGCAGCAUGGCAUCCUUUCAGAGAGAGCAGUUAAGCCUACGUCUACGGAAAAUAAGGUGACAUUACAGUGGACCACAAGAAAACAGGCGAAGAAUAACAUUAUAUUGGAUAUACCUCGCGACCUAAGCAAAGUUAAUGAUCGCGAUACUCCCAAUUCGCUUUUGUCUUCAUCCUCUGACAGCGACCUUUUUGACCCAGGCUUGAAUCUAAAUACUUGCAUUGAUACCAAACAGAAACAAAAGGUAGAAACAAAUAAUGCAAACAAUUUGAAUGAUAAAAAGUUGCAAGAACCAAAUAAAGCUUUGGAAGAUUGUAAAACUGUGAAUGAGACACACAAAAUCAAACCGGAUUUACUUUUAGCUGAGACAAAUUUAUUGAUAUCGGACGAUUCUAAUUCAGCUAGCGAAAACAAAUCGGGAGAUAAUAAUCAAAUUGUGAACAGUACAACAUCAAUUCAAUGCAAAGCAGGUGAUUCUAAAGUUCAGCAAGGUAAAGAUUUCCCUUCACCUAAUAGGACUAAUAGUUCUGAAGAGCACCCUCUGUUAAUUACACCCCAAGUCAGUAGUUCCUCAAAUUUGGCAGUGUCCAGUUCUGAGUCUUGUGUGACAAGCUCACGGAUUGUGUCGCCAGAGAUGGAAUUGAAGAGCGAUCUUCGGGGAGAAAACAAGGAAAAUAUCACUUUAGGAAUGUCAUUAACGAAUGAGUUACCAGAACAUAGAUCUUAUACGGACCACGCUGAUUCAGAACGUAUGCUAGAAAUUACAAAUAGUCACCAAACUGAUUAUGAAUUUGCACUUAAUACUACACAUGUUACAUCUGAAAAACAUGUAUCUUGUAUAGAUGACAAACAAACAUUAAUCAGUGACCAAGUUGAUGUGUGUGCAAUCUCUGAGAAUUUUACAUCAACUGAUAGUAUUACUGGAGAAUUAUUACCUCAUAACUCUCCAGUCGCAGAUCAAGACCGACGAGACUCUUCCACAAGUCCAACAUCAGUGGCAAGUAGUGGCAGUAAAGAGCUGCUAAACACAAAUUCCUCGAAACAUCACCACAAGAAGCAUAAAGACAAACACAAAAAGAAACGACAUAAAGAUCAUUCGCAUUCAAGCCACAAAGGUGGUCAGGUAAAAGAGAAGGAAAAGGAGAAAGAGGAGACUACACGGACACGCGAAGAAACAUCCACCGGAAACAUUCCACAAGUAAACAUGGAGGUGGAUGAUAGACAGGGAUCAGCUGUCAAACAACCCAAACAGGUUACAGACUCCCAGCCUACACGGGAAUAUUACAUCGUGACCUCUCCAACUUCGAGUAGUAAUGAUGCUGGAGAGAUCAAAUCUUUAUUACUUAAGAUAAGAGGGCCUGGCUCAGCUAAGCAUAGAGAUGCUACAAACUCUACAUCAAGUGGUGAGUCGGGUAAAAAUACAGAUUCUGAGGACACCUCUGGUCCUUGCGACCAAUCAGAAUUAAGAAUAUCACUCACAGAUGUUGAAUCUAGUCAUAAUGAGAAUGCAAAAGACAAUGAUCAAAAAGUGGGGAAAGAUCGUAAGGAGACAUCCUCUCCUAAACAGGAUGCACCAGAAGAGAAAACACACAAACCUAUAAGAUCAUUACGAUCCAAUACCGUUCAUAUAAAUAAUGUAGAAACAAAUAACGUUGAUAAGGAACCCACAUUGAACCAGCCAAUGACAAGAAGUCGUAAGAGUCAACAGCAGGAUAGCAAUGCUGCGCAAGAGUUAAACCAGAUUGAGUCAUUGCCACGGAAACGGAAAAUUGCGCGACCAAGACCAAUUCAGGAGGAACCAAUUAUACCCUCACCGCCCCUCAACCCUACCCAACAUGAACGCUUUUUGAAUUCAAUGAAGUUGUUUGUGAACAUUAGGCAGAGGAUUGCUGCCCGUCAGUCACAGCUGUUUUCAGUACAGCCAAAGUUGAGGGCGCCAAGCGCUUAUCAUGAGUAUCUGAUGCACAGGAAAUCUUACCUGCUGCAGACAAGUCCAAAGUCAAAGGUUAAUACAGUAGUACCACAGUUAAGUGCGCCUGAAGAUCUCUAUGAUGCACUAAAGGUCACCUUCAUGGAACAGGAAAAAGAGCGACAUAGGUUAAGAACAAGACAUUGUAUAGAAAGGGAAAAAUUAAUGCUAGCCGUUGAACAGGACAUUGUCCGAGUGCAUGGCCGGGCAGCCCGAGCUGGAGCCAAUCAGACAAUUCCUUACAGUGCAUGCUCGUUCCUAAAGGAUCUAGAGAUUUACAAUAUGCCAGACCCUGUGACACAAGAAGAUAACAAAAGCAGUAUCAGGGCGAGGUUCAACGGCAGGCAAUUUAUCUCAUGGCUGCAAGAUGUUGACGCUAAAUAUGAACGAAUCAAGGAGGAACUUUUGAGGAGGCAUGAACAUGAAGCAUCAUCCUUGUACGCCAUUCAGAAGUUAGAAUGGGAAACUAGGCUGCAAGACACACAUCAAUGGGACAUGAAGAACCCCCCUACCAUCAACCGAACACAUGUUCCUGUAGUUCUGGUUGAUAGAGACUUUGAUCUUCUACCAGCCUAGCUUUAAAGUAGAGCAAUGACCGGUACUAACAACGUAAAGAUGUAAACCACCAAGUCGAUCUGAAACUGGUGAUGUUUAUAGCGAUGAAUCUGGUGGAAAGAGCCAUGCAGAGGGGUUGCUUGCACUAACAACAGCUGGAUAGAACCCAACGGCACAAAUCCAUCAUAACCAUCAUUAACUGUAAUGAUUAAUCAUUUGAAACAGUGUAACAAGCAUAGAAAUAUGAAGUAAUUAGAAACUAAAUUGCUUUAAUCUGUGUUGUAUUCACAUCUGCAUUGCAACAGUUUAGAACAGAUUUAAAGAACAGCUAAAUUCUUUGCUUACAGAAACAGAUAUCAAACGAUGAUAGAAUUCAUUGUUUGCAGCCUGAUCAGUUACUUUAAUAUAACAUUUAUUAGCCAAACCAAACCGGGAAAAAAAAAAAUGAAAAAAAAACACCCAAAAAAAAAACAUUUUUAAAAUAUCUGUAAUCCUACUUAAGACAUUUCUGGAAAAAUACAAAAGUUUAUAUCAGAGGAGAAAAAAUCUGCUGAGUUGCUGGUUUUGAAUGGCGUACUCUUUAAGCAGUGUACAUGUCUUAGCAUGUACUGAAAGAUGAAAAUCCAAAGUAGUAUGCGUGCAGUAAGCACUUACUAUGUGAUGGUAAUCCAGAGUGUGCAUGCUUUUAACACACGCUGUGUGAUGAUAAUCCACAAUUGAGACACAAGUCGAUGAAUCUGUUACCCUAAGUGUGUGAUAAUUUUGUGAUUGUUGUAUUCUGCGUAUAUACAUUGAUAUACAGUGUAUGUAGUAUAAUUUUUUAAUCUGUUUGGUUUAAUGUAGCCAACUGCACAUGAUAAACUGAUCAUGUACAGAACAUUAAUUAUGCUUUACUGGUUUUAACAUUCAUGCAGUUCUGAGUUGUAUAGCUCUAACUUACUUCCAUAAUGUUUUCUUAGUAGGAAAACCAUGGAGAAUUUUUUUUUUUUGUGUGUUUCAUUUAAUUUAUCAGUUUAUUUUCGAUUGAAUUAUUAUUAUAUGGUGUUUUUAUUUGUUUUAAGAUUCAUCUUUAAGUGUCAAUUGUAUUGAUGGUGAAGAUUUUAAAACUGCUUGUUAUUUUAAAUCGGAAUCAAUUUUUUUUAAUAUGGAUUAUGACAAAUUUCAAUGAUUACAUUCAUGGUGAUAUUUAUAAUUGCGCAUGGAUUAUUAUUUUCUUUUUAAAAAUAAGAAAAAAAAACAACUAAUUAAAUUGAUAAAUAUAUUACGAUCACUAGCAGUCAAUGAAUGAAUGUAUGUAUGUUGUAAUAGACUAUCAAACUUAAUGUACAAUUGUUGUAUAUACUACCGUGUACAUAUUAGAGAUGUAUUUUUGCAGAUUCGUCUUGUUUUUGCCGGUUCAUGACGUUGGGAAUGCUAAGAUUUUCAGCUGUUUUGCCUUAAAAGCUUGUUUAUAUUCAUGAUGUUUGAUGACUACUUGCAUCAGUUUUGUAUAAAAAGUUAUUUUUUGAAACGGUUUAUUCCAAACUGAACAUGGUUUGAUUUGUAUGAUGGAACCUUUGGAUUGUUCCAAUGGUUUAUUCUACAUUCAAUACAUAUUGAAGUGUUUUUCAAGUUAGCGGUUUGUUGUAGAUCAAACCAGAUUGGGAAAUUUCAUUAUUGAAACAGGGGUUUAUUUUGGGAUCUCUACCCUUUGUGUGCACACAAGAAACCAUUUUUUGACAAGUUGUGUACCCUUUUUUCACCACCAUUGCACUGCCCUUUGAAAUAAUAUUAAAACUAAUAAUAUUGGUUUUUGCAGAAGCUUUUAAAUAUUGGUUUAUUUACAUUAUUGUAAGUAAUGCACAAAACUUCAAUAUCCCUAGUCAAUUUCCCCUUCCCUUCACAAAUGACAUCUACAUCAUACAGAUGCCCCUUUAAGAUUUUAUGUGUAAAUAAAUGCACAUAUAUACCUGGUUUUUGUCUCAUGUUAAUUCUUGUGUUUUACUAUGUAUCCAUUCUACAUAGAUUUUUUUGGCGUGUCUUAGUAAUAUUAAUUUUGAUUAUAAUUGCCCACAGCCUUGUAUGGUAGUCUCAAGUAAUGAAGAAGUUAUUUGCAUUAUGUUAUCAUGUUCAUAGAAAAAUUGUCUGUUCAUUUUAUUCAGUGUCUGUUUGGAUUGAAUUGCUGGAUUUAUCUUAUAUAUGUUUUAAUUUGAUAUUAAGAAAACUUAGUUGAGGGGAUUAUAUGUCCUUGUUUAUAAACAUGAACAUUUUUCUUCUUUUUUUUUGUAAAACUCCAGUGAUGUAGUACAUGAUAAUGAUGGACAACAUGAAUAUUAAUAUGAAUACUAUUGAUGAGAUUUUAAAUUACUACAGAGUCAUGCUUACUAUUGCUACUAUCGCUACACCUACAAAUGCCCAGUAAUAGCAUAACUGCCCAUUUUAUACUGACUUUUGACAACAGAAAGCUUGUUGGUAAUUUUUCAUUGAGAUCUAAUCAUUUCCCCUUUGCCGAUCUUUAAUUUAAAUAAUUAAAACGUUGUUUUGUUAGCUUUGUGACUUGUGGAGGUGUAAGGCUGGUCGCUGUCAUUUAUGGAAGUUUAUGGAUAUAUUGAGUUUUAGCACUGUCACCGUCAUUCAUCAGUUUUAAUGAUUGUACAUAAUCAUUAGUUGCGCGUCCUCAAUUGUACAUAAAGCCUUGUUUAUGAUUGGCCAGUCAGUUGAUUGAUUGAUUGACAGGACGCUUUGAUUCAGAUCAUUUUCCAUGUCUGAUAUUACUAGUUAUGAAACGUGCUUCAUAAUUAACAUUUCUGUUAUAGGAAAUUAUAUGAUAAUAAAAAAACUAAAAAACUCA